AUGGCAUCUCUGCUAGACUACAUAGCCAAAUCUUCUGCUGUAGUUUUGCAGCUAUCUUUGGUGCUUGGCUUCAUCUUUGUGCUCCUGAAGAUGGCCCAGUUCUACCAGGAAAGGAAGAAAAUCAUCAAAGCUCUGGAGGCUUUCCCUGGUCCCCCAAGGCACUGGCUGUAUGGUCACAGUCAUCUGAUCACUGAAGGCAAAGAGCUCUCUCAGUUAAUGUCAUGGUCAGAAGAGUAUCCAUAUGCCUUUCCCAGAUGGUUUGGAUCAGUUCUACCUACUGUAGUAACCCACCAUCCUGAAUAUGCCAAAAGUAUAUUUGGCCGAGGAGAUCCCAAGUCCCCAGCAACUUACAAGUUCUUAAUUCCCUGGAUAGGAGAGGGGCUAUUGACCUUGAAUGGAGCAAAGUGGUUUCAGCAUCGGAAGCUGCUCACACCAGCGUUUCAUUAUGAUGUGCUGAAACCUUACGUGCCCCUGAUGUCAGACUCGGUCAAAGUGAUGUUGGAAAAAUGGAAGAAGAGGAACACAGAGAAGAAGACAGUGGAGCUUUUUCAAGACAUCAGCUUGAUGACGCUAGACACCAUCAUGAAAUGUGCCUUCAGUUAUGAUACCAACUGUCAGACUCAGAACAACUCAGACUUUUAUAUCAAAGCUGUUUAUGACCUGAGCUACCUUGUGGUUCAGAGAAUCCGGACUCUCUUCUUAAGUGGUGUCUUCUAUGGCAUUACUCGCAAAGGCUACCGGUUUCAGGAGGCCUGCAAGCUGGCCCACACCCACACAGAGAAAGUAAUAAAAGAAAGAAAGUUGUUGUUGUGCAAUGAGAAGGAACGUGAGAAGAUCGAAAAAAAGAGACAUUUGGAUUUUUUGGACAUUCUACUUUGUGCCAAGGAUGAGAACGGAGUUGGACUAUCUGAUGAGGACCUCCGUGCUGAGGUGGACACAUUCAUGUUUGAGGGCCACGAUACCACGGCCAGUGGGAUCUCCUGGCUCCUUUACUGCAUGUCACUACACCCAGAGCACCAGCAACGGUGCAGAGAGGAGAUCCAGGAGAUCUUGGGAGACCGAGAUACCGUUAAGUGGGAGGACCUUGGGAGGAUGACAUACACCACGAUGUGCAUCAAAGAGAGCCUGCGCCUGUUCCCACCAGUUCCUGCUGUGUCCCGUCAGCUCACCAAACCCAUCACAUUUUCUGAUGGGCGCAGCUUACCAGCAGGCUGCCACGUUGCAGUGAACAUAUUUGCUGUUCACAGAAAUCGAGAUGUGUGGGAAGACCCUGAGAUAUAUGAUCCAAUGAGGUUUUCUUCGGAGAACUCAGCACAAAGGCACUCACACGCUUUCCUGCCUUUCUCUGCUGGAUCCAGGAACUGCAUUGGGCAGCAGUUUGCCAUGAAUGAGAUGAAGGUGGCUCUUGCCCUGACCCUGCUUCACUUUGAACUUGCUCCUGACCCAUCCAGGCCUCCCACACUGACACCACAGCUCAUCCUCAAGUCUAGUAGUGGGAUCCACGUGCAUCUAAAGAAGAUUCAUUGA